AUGGAAAUCAACGUGGAAGAAGUCGGUCCCCAAAAUCCAAGUAUCGGAAUUGCAUCAUCGUCGUCGUCGUCGUCGUCGUCGUCUUCACCAGGUAAAUUCGUCUGUAUCUGUGUACAGGACGUCGAUUUCAAGUACGAAUGGUACGUGUUUGAUGUCUCCGACGACAUCCAACACAACCAACCUCCUCCUCCUCCCAAAUACAUGAACUGUCUUUCUCGAUUUCACGACGACGAUGACUCCGCAGUUCAAAAGAUGGGUGUACAUGACGUCGAUUUCAAGUACGAAUGGUACGUGUUUGAUGUCUCCGACGACAUCCAACACAACCAACCUCCUCCUCCUCCCAAAUACAUGAACCGUCUUUCUCGAUUUCACGACGACGAUGACUCCGCAGUUGUAAAUCUCUUCCCCAAAGUCACUGCAAACAUGGAUUUGAUACUUGGUUGGUCGAUUUUAGGAUCCAAAAUGUUAUACACUGUUAAUAACUGGACUGGUUAUCGGAGAGGACGAUCGGCUUGGAAAGAAUCCAAUCGAGUGAAUCGCAUUGACCUUACUACUCCCAUGGCGGGAUGGGAGCGUCUUCCUCGAAUGCCUAAUCAGAUUGCUUUUUCGGCCCACAUUUUCAUUCUUGGCGGCAUGUUUUAUUGCCUCGGUGGUUUUUUGGAGUGGGAUUCACUGUUGAACAAGGAGGAUGGUAAGCUUUUCUUGAGCUUCAAUGGAAAGCACGACGAGUUACCUCCACCUCCAUGCCUCGACAUUGACAAGUUAUUUUCAGCCUCCAAGCCCAGCCCUUUCACCACCCCCACUGAUUUGGAGAGGCCGUCACCGUGGGCAAUGGCUUAUGAUCCGAGCGUAAAUGCAUGGGAAUCUCUACCUGACCCUCCACAAAUUCCGCAUACUGUUGACAGAAUAUUUUCAGCAGCUGGGGAGGUCCCCAUUCCAUUUAUUGUGGUGGGUUCGCCAGAGGAUCGUGCCCUUCUAAUCUACCACGUAAAUACCAAAAAGUGGGAAAGAGGAGUGUUUGAAAUAUGCCCCAAGUUUAGCCCAUAUAUGUUUAGAGGGCCAGCUUUAGCUGUUAACGAUAAGUUGUAUUGGUAUUCAGUUCAUGGUCUGGGCCUAGUUGGAUAUGAUUUAAUCACAAAUAUAUGGUUUGAGGGUAAUAUACCUAUCCAUGACUGCGGAAAGGAUUUCGGAGUGCUAGAGAAUGACACUCCUCCGCGCUUGGCUCAUAUAAGUGGCGAUGAGUUCUGCUUGUUAUGGGUUUCCGUGUUGCUGCACCAUCCUAUGACGAUUUCAGAGUCCAAAGAUGACUGUAUUUCUCGCCUUCACUGCAUGAAGGUUCAAGUUACCACUAGAAACCUUGACUCAGAUGGUAAAAUUUUUCCCUUGGAGGUCUCUAUCCUGUCAUGCCAAUCUUACUUAGUUCCUGGGUUAAAGUUUUUCCGCGGUGGCUUGGUGGUGUAAACAUCUACUUAAAUUUAUGCACCUCUUCAUUCCAUUUCAUUAUGUUAUUGUUUAUUUAUUUAUUUAUUCCUGUGCCUGUAAUUAUUUAUAUACCAGUGCCAUUUUGCAAGCUCAAACAACAAAAUAUUUAUCUUAGUUGGGUUUGUGCUUUGAUUUUUAUACACUACUACAGUUUUUUUCCGAGCUUAACAAAAUAUUAUUUUUUUAGAUAAGAAAAUACUCAGGUAGGACUGACUCAUUUGGUAAAUUGCAUCACUAUUAAAUAGAAGUGAAAGAAGUUAAUACCAAACGCUUACCACGGUUAUUUUCAAUAAGAUUAGUGUAGACUUCCAUUUACUCCAAAAUUCAGUGUUUUUAAAGGUGAUAAGCAAGCUGAGGCUCGAAGGCCUCCUAAGGCCUAAGUGCGAGGUGAUGGCGUCUCCACAACUUUCACCAAAUCUAAGGCUUUAAAUAUCAUUGACAACAUUAAGAAAAUCAACUUCUUUACUCAAUGUUGAUGCUGCUAUUUACUUCUUUGAGCAGUAGAACCUUGACUAGGGGCAUGUUGAUUAAUCUCAACAAUAUUAUCAUCUUCCUCAUUGUCAUCUAUCUCAUCAAAAUUGGGUAUUCCUUUGCUUGACUUUUCUUGGAUAUAAAAUCUCUAAUCUCAUCUCUUGCCUGAGAUGGAACACCUUUUACAAGCAACCAUAUUUUAUUACCAUCGGCAAGAUGUUGCUUGACCCCGUAAACAACCCAUUUAUUUCUUUGUUGCAAAAGUUGCAAAGAAACUUAGACAAUUUUUGGGGAUUUACCAUUUGUGCAUGUUGGAUAUUUUCUAUUACUUUCGCUUGACUACGACAUCUAAUCAAUAAUCAAAUAUCAACAAACCAAUUCAAUUGAAAGACACUUCAAAUCAAGAGCAUUUUUAAAAGUAAUUCAAAAAAAUUAAUCAAUCUAGCAAAAUUACAACAAUUCAGCAAAGCAGCCAUGUAAUUCAUCAAAAACUACAACAAAGUAACCAUACAAUCAACAAAAAUACACCUUAUCAAAGCUGUAAGUGAUGUGACAAAAACAAAAACAAAACUGUAAGUGGUAGAAAGGACAAGGUUCCAGAGCAACAUAUGAUUCAAAAUUGCAAACAUCAACACACCAAACAUACCUAUCAUAUCAAAGAUUUUUUUUUUUCCCCCCCGAAAAUCAUUCACUUUUCUCAUUCAUGAGCAACAUAAGUUUAGCAAAAUUAAGAAAAAAUCAAAAGAACUUUCUGCAUGUAGAAAGAAGGCAAAGUUUCAAAAAUUAAAAACAAAAAAAUUAAAAAAUUAGAAAGUGUGUCUGUUGAUAGUUAGUGCUAUCAUAAGGUGUGUUAAAUAUUUUUUACAAUCUCAAAAGUCAAACAAAAUGAAUGGUGUGUUUGUUGAUAAAAGAAAAAAAAAGACUAUGGGAAAAGAAGCGCAUUGACAUCCGGUGCCUCACGCUAAAGCUUGAAGCGCUCAUUUUUUAUCACCUAGGUGUUGACUCACCAUUUCGCUCAGCAUUGCUUUAAAUCUCAACAGGCUAUGACCUGCAAUCAUCUGUGGCCCACAUAAGAGUCAUAUAAUUGGUGACCUAUUAUUAGCCUUGGGUGAGCCCAGGGUUGGUUUCAUCUUUAGAAAUUCAUUUUGUGCAUGCCAUGGGGCUCUUCUCCCAUCCACAUUUUUACUUAUGUUUGAUUUUACGAUUAUCAUGCUAAUGGGUGUUAAUAUUGUACGGAUGGUCAUUCAGGAUGCUCUGAUGUUUGACAACCAUUGGUGGUAUGUCAGCAUUUCCUUUGCUUUUCCCCAUUACAUACACCACUUUUUCCCCUUUUGAUUGUAAUAAUUUUGAAACCUGCUUUUAUUCUUGUGGUAGAUUUUAGUGUAGGGAACAUUGCCCGGUGUAAUGUAAUAUAGAGUGUGUACGUGUUCACUGUGUUACAUACCAUCAAUUCUCACAGGUCAUUUUUGGCACGAUGAGGCUGCCCGUUACAUCUCAACAGUGGUUGGGGGGCUAUUUUGCAUUUUCGCCCCCUGAACCCCCCUUUUUCAACUAAGUUUACGGCGUUUUCGACUCUAACUCCCAAUCUACGUGUCCUAUUUAUGUUUCAUCAGUUCGCACAAGUCAUUUUUGGCAUGAGGAAGCUGCCUGUUACAUCCCAACAGUGGUUGGGGGGCUAUUUUGUUUUUUCGCCCCCCGAACACCCUUUUUCGUCUAAGUUUAAGGCGUUUUCGAUUUUAACUUCUAAUCUAGGUGUCCUAUUUACGUACCAUCAGUUCUCACAGGUCAUUUUUGGUACGAGGAAGCUGCCCGUUAUAUCCCAACAGUACCUAGAAACUAACCAAGCAACCAAUUCCCAAGGAUGUUCCGAAGGAUAAAGAAAAUAAAUUUACAUGUUAAUGGCAAAUAUACCUGUGCAAUAUUUCCAAAGUUGAUUGACCCUCCAACAAUUAUAAUUGACAGCGAAGUGAUGCUCUUUCAUUCUCCCUUUCAAACUUGACAUUAAAAUGGCAUAGAUCAUGGAAUAUACAUCUGUAAUUGUGCUUACCAUAGAAAUACAGAACUUGAAUUAUGAUAUGCAUAUUGCAAUCAAGUUAGGGAAAAAUAGAUGUUAAAAUUUUCAAACAUCGAACUCUUCGUAAUACCAACUUGUAGGAGGUAUGACAAAGGAACUUUCAAAUGCCCAUAAACAUAUUCGUAAUUAAAAAAAAUCUGUUAUCGAUGCAGUAUUUAUACUUCUUUGAGCAAAUAAUAAGAACCUGCUGGGUAAAAAAUUAUGUUUGGAAAAUAGAAUACAAUUUAUAAACCGGAAAUAACUUGUGAAGGAAUUCUUUCACCGGCUAAAUUUUGGAUUUCAAAUCAAAACUUUGAAAUUUGAGAAUAUAAACACACUUCUCUUAAAAAAGGUGGAAAUAAAAUGUGAUUAAAAAAAUGAACUUCUUACCAAACCAAAAGGCAAUAUAACCCGAGCACCACUAAGAGGUGCUCUUUAAUGCCUACCCGCUUGAUGGGCCUAUAAGCUUUAAACUCCCUUUUUAUUUCGCUCUCCAAUGUUUC